AUGUACGAGCACAUGGCAAAUUUCUCUGGUGGCCCACCAAACGAAUUCCACUAUGGCUUAUACUCAGAAUGGGCAAAGCAUGGAUGGGGAAUGAUUCUCACUGGAAAUGUUCAGGUCUCACCUCAGCAUCUGACCUUGGGCCGUGACAUCGUCGUGCCACCCACACUCGAUGCAGAGGACGUCAAACCCUUCAAGAAGUUGGCGGAAGUCAUCCACGGAGCUGUUGAUGGCACGCGCUCCCUGGCUAUCAUGCAGCUAUCGCACGCUGGACGCCAAUCAGCGAAUUUUAUUGGUGGUCGACCGCCGUUUGUUCCACCCCUGGCCCCCAGUUCUGUCCGUGUUGGGGCAAGACAUGAUGAAAAUCGUGGAAGGGGCGUGAUAUCAAACCUGAUAUUUCAUGCGUUGUUCCAAGUUCCUAUGGAGAUGACCGCACUGGACAUUCUACAAGUCCAAUCCAGCUUCGUGCGAGGCGCUCUCUUGGCGUACAAAUCAGGCUUCGAUGGAAUCCAGCUUCAUGCUGCCCAUGGAUAUUUACUGGCACAGUUCAUGAGCCCUAAGAGUAAUAUUCGGAGCGACAAAUAUUCAGUAGCACCGGAAAACGCCACUCGCAUGCUGUCCGAGAUAAUUGAAGCUAUCCGCAAGGUGGUGCCGACUACUUUCAUAAUCGGAAUCAAAAUCAACUCGGCUGACUACGUAACUUCUGGAAACGCCGAAGAAGUAUCUCAGGAAGGCGAACGGCGUGUCCUGGAUCACAUCCGCACCAUUGCAAGUUGGGGUGUCAUCGACUUUAUCGAGAUUAGCGGAGGCGAUUACGAAAAGCCUGGUAUGGGGGCGUAUAAGGAGAAUGUUCCCCAGUCUAACCCGAUCUCUUGCUCAGACUUUAUGGCAUGCAGUGGAUCUCAAAAACUAGACCGCCAAGCCUUCUUUGCGCAAUUUUCACGGACAGUCAUGAAGGACCUUCACCGAUCGCCUGUCCCUUUCUCUUCUGUCCCACCCAUUCUACUGACUGGCGGCCUCCGUUCCCAUUUUCACCUACAUGCUGCCUUGAUGUCGAAGCACGCCGACUUGCUAGGCAUCGGAAGAUGCGCUGUCCUCUGUCCCGACCUGCCCAAGAUCCUACGACUACAGCUACAAAAUAACAAAUCUUCUAGCACUUGGGCUAAUAAACCCUUUACACGCGAACCAGAAGCAGUGUUUAAAGCUUCUAAAUGGGUACCAAGUGUGAAGCUCAUUGGCAGCGGCGUCGGGACUGCAUGGUAUACCACUAGAAUGAGGGACAUUGCUAUCUCCCAGAUCAAGAACCCUAGAGCUGAACCACCACCCGCGGACUACAACAGAGGAGGAUUAAUCGCUGUGUUCACGAUGUGGGCUUGGUUCGACUCUAGAAUAACCCCGAUUUGGGUCCUAGGAAUACUCAUGGUCCUUGUUGUCACGGCCGGGUUUUCUGUCAGCGCUAAAAAUGGCGUCAUCGGUACACCGGGCUGA